AUGUUUGUUGCAGAUAUGUUGUGUCGAUUGUUUUCGACUGUAUCCUAUUCUGGUUACAUUCAACGAUCAUUGAUCGUAUGUCAACCUUUACGUUUACAUUCGACAAAAAAUGCAACUGAUAAUGAUUUUAAAAAAUCACCUACAAAAAGUAAAACUCCCAUUGGUAAAUUAGAUGAAUAUUCACAUCCAGAUGUCGAAAAAUAUCCAUUAAAACCAUGGCCAAAUAAUAUAAAUCCCACAACUGGUGAAGUCAAUGGUCCACGUGGACCGGAACCAACACGAUAUGGUGAUUGGGAACGAAAAGGCAAAUGCGUGGAUUUUUAG